AAAAGUUGUAUAAAUUUAUUUAUAUAUUCAACAAAUAUAGGAUGAUACAUAAGCGGCAGUCGUUGUUAAAUUUUCCGCUGCUAUUGCUAAAAUUAAAUAUGUUUAAGCAGCAACACCUAAAAACAACAAAAGCAACACCUCAAUUCUCAAACAAAAUGAGUGCACAUCGAGAAAUUACAAUAGCGUACUUAAUAAAUUGAAAACUUGAAGAAUAGUUUAAAAAUAUUAAUUCAAAAUCAAAAUUAUAUCAAACAUAAAACUACGAAAGUUUGUUGAUUAUUAUAUAAAUAUUAAUUGGUUACAAAUUUAUUGAGUUAAAAUUUUUUCAGUGCCUUGCUGCAUUUUUGUUUGUUGUUUCUAUUGGAAUCUUUGCAUUCGCUUUAUUGUUUUUAAUGUGUAUACGUUUGUAUUUUGGCUUCUUGUAUUUCCUGCUCUAUCACUGCUCUCCUUUGGUUCUCUCUGCCACUCCUCCACCACUCCCUCCCUUGCGUAUAAUUUUUUGUCGCACGUGUCGGAUAUGAUUUUUUGUUUUUGUUUUUUGGCAGAAAAAUGUUGGCGUUAUUUUAAUUAAUUUAAUUAUGCAUUUAAUCAACAAUCACAGUUUUGUUGGCUAGCAAAAUAAACAAACGUCUUAAUUUACAUUUAUUUAAGGCUUUUAAUUAUGACGUGUAGUUUUAAUUAUCGGCAUUUGGGAAACACAUUCUUUUAAUUUAAUUAGCAAUUAGUUGAUUAAUUACUAGUUUAUUUUAAAUAUAAUAAAUAAAGACAUCUGUUUUUGUUUUCUUUUUUUUUUUUAGCCUUUAAACUUGCGAUCUUUCUGGUCGUUAAAUCAACGAAUUUUGUUUAAACUUUGGAUUCUCAUUUGUUUUUAUAGCAAAAGCAAUGACGUAUUUUGUUAAGCAUUAAUUUCUGUUACCAUUUUAUUUAUUUAUAAAUAUUUAGAGGUUUGUAAUACAAAUACUGACUUGUGAGUCACUUUGGCUCUUAUAAGAUAUAGCCAAAGAGUAGAAUGAAAGAGAGUGGUGUUGAAUUAAGAGCUUUAAAGAGUUGCUUUUUAAGCCUAGCCCAAACAGCUGUUUGUUGUGCCUAUUUUUUGUUUUUGCCUUUAUCCUUUGUUGUUACACUGAGAUCCUUGUCAAAAGUUGUUUAUAUUAAGGAAAAACAAGAGAGAUGGCUGGUUGGGAAGGGUGCUGUUGAAGGAGAAAGCGAAAAGGGAUGCAAAGAGAAAGGGACAGGUAGCUAGCUCUGGCCUCCACAAAUUUAAGUAUAUGUUUUUGUUGUCAAACUAUACUUUUAUUUCGCAUUUUUCUUUUAUUUGCUUGUAUUUGUAUUUGUUUCUGUUCACUUCAAUAAAUGGCAAUGUCAUGCGCGGACGCACAAUACUCAUACAUAUGUACAAAUAUAUGUACAUAGAUAUUUGGUACGGUAGUGACUCUGAAAGAUAGAUUACAAAACGUAAUAGUCUUUAUACCAACUAAAUUCGUAAUAAAAUAUAAUAUAUGUAUUUUAGGAGCCAUAGUAAAAAUCGGAAAAACCUUUUGACAAUUCAAUAAUGAAUAUGACUCUAAUAAAUAUAAUUUACGUUCUUCUUUUAAAUGUUUACUGUACCUUGUGAGAACAAGCUUGUUUACGACGCUUUGACUUUGCUUUGGCUUUUUUUUCGCUUUGCCGGCUCUCUCUCUAGCUCUCUCGAUCUCGCAUACAAUGGAAGCUUUGUGUGAUUUUCGCCACAGUGAGAAAGAGAGUGAAGGAAGGGAAGGAGUAUUGUUGUUGUUGGGCGUAAGGUGGUGUGUGUGUUGGUGGGGUCGGUUUUUCAAUUGCUGUUGCCGCCGCUUUGCUUCAUUCGUUUGCCUGCUCGCGUGCUUUACGGUUCGAGAUUAACAAGAAAAAUCUUGUAAAAAACUUUAAAAACUUAUAUAUAUUUCACUACAUUUUACAAUAAAUUUAAAAAUAAAUACCAAAACUUAUAUUAAUAUGCUUUAAAACGAUUUUAAAAAUAUAUAAAUACAUUUUUUUUUGCGUGCGAUAAUAAAACUGCGGGAACGCCUUGUAUGGAAUCUGAAUCAAUACAAAAUAAAGAUAAAUACAAAAUAUAUUUAAAAAGCAAAAUAAUUUAAAACGGACCAUAAAAAUAAAAAAAAAAACUGUGUGUGUUUGUGUCAUGUCCACAGAUAAUCCCACACAGUUGCUGACCACCCGCGAUUUGAGCCAACUACGUGGCCAUUUGCAAUCCGGCGUAGCGGUGGCCUCCACGACCACAUCUGUGGUGGCAGCGCCGACAGUUGCUGCCGCCCAUGGAUAUCGCACUAUUGCACCACCGCCACCAACAUCUGCCAACAAUAGCAGUAGCAGCAGCAGUAGCACCACCGGCACCACAGCAACAUCAUCAUCAUCAUCAUCAGCAGCAGCAGCAACGCCACCUGUAAUAACACCAGUUAUAUCCACAAGCAAUAUCAACAUGCCGGCAAGUGCCUCAAAAUAUGUAUUUCUGCAACACAAUCACAAUGGUGGCUUUACGGCAUACGAUGGAUCUGCUGCAAGUACGACGGCCACCGGAGGCGUUGGUUCCACAGGUGGCGGCAAUAUAGUGCUCCUUGCUACCGAGCCACUAGAAAUUGGAACCGGUGAAGCUUUGGUUAAUGUACGAACCUCUGAAGAUGAUGGAGAAUUGCGACCGUUGUCCUGGCUAAACGAUAGAGAUCUAAUUAAGGGCAUUGUGACUACGACAGCCGGACAGGCUGGAAAACGUAGACCAGCUGUGGCCAUUAAGACAACGGAUGGUGAAGCAGUAUCAGGAUCAGUUGCUACCAAUGGUAAUCUGUGUAUAGUCAGUGAUUUGAUAGAAGAGCUACCCACAAAUCUUAGUGAAACCAGUGAACAGGAGGCAGGCGGUGGAUCAGUCAAUGGGUCAGCUGUGUACAGCACCACCACAGUGCACAAAGGAGCCAGUGGCACCACCACCGUGGUGGAGUACAAAGCCAGCAAAGCCAAUCAACAGCAGCAACAGCAGACGACCUAUUUGCCAACUCCGACAAGAACCACAAUGGUCGGUCAUAGCUAUAUGCCGGUGGUGGUUAGCAGUGCCGCCAAUCAACCUUUACUCUCACCCGCCAAACAGCAGCUACAGCAACAGAUUUAUGUGACCAGCAAUGGGAGUACAACCGCAGGCGGAGGAACCACAGUCGUCAGUGGUGGAGCCAUUUUCAAGGCAACCAGCCAGGCUCUAUGCUCACCAAGUACCAGCAGCAGUAGCAGUAGCAACACCACCACCCACCAUCCGCACAAAAAAUAUCUUCGCGAAAAGAUGCACGUUCAGAUGGAUCAUAGUAGUCAUGUGGCUUCAACGGUUACGGUGGUCAGUUCGCCGGCUUCCUCGAACAAUUCCUCGAUAAGCAGUUCCAAUUCAGGAUCUGUAUCAGGUUCCGGAUCCUCGACAGCGGCUGUAAAUGGUGGUAAUAGCCCAGUGCCCAAGGCCAGCAGUUUUAGCACUGUCUUCGAGGCGGUCAACUAUGCCACAUCGACAGCCGGCAGUAACAGUAGCAGCAAUAGCACACCAAGCAGCCAAACGAUAAUCCAUGGCCAGGAUCAACCGGCUGUGGUUACCACAACGACUUUGAUUAGUGCCGGAUCCCUGCCUCCUGGUUAUAGCUUUGUUAAUCACGUAGCCAGUACGCCGCAUGUCAUUUCCACACCAGCCAAUGUGGCCUCACCGGAGACACCACCUGGAGCAGCAUUGUUGCCUGGAACAUAUUAUACCACUAGCACCACUGCAGCGGGUACAACCACAACGACUUUACAGCCACGUAGUCUGCAGUUAUCCGUUUCCCCGCCGCCGCCACAAAAUCUGACAUCAACGAGUCAACUGCACAAUGGAUCAGUGGGGGGAGGAGCAGGAGGCGGUGGUACUGCAGGGUCCGGUGGAGGAGGUGGAGUUAACCUGCGAAGUCCUAAUAGUUACACUAGCUACGACAACGAAGAUUCACUGAAAGAAUUCGAUCUGAUGGCCAGUUCACGGAUACAUACAAGCACCCCCCAAUAUUCGGUAUCUAAAAACGGUGCCAAUGGUUAUGGCAAUGGCAAUAGCAACGUAAAUGGUGGAGGAGCUGGUUCCAUUACGCCACAAAAACAAAAGCAUCCCAAUAACGUGCCAUACGAUCCGCAAGUGCAUACCGAUAGCAAGCCGCCAUAUAGCUUUAGUUCCUUGAUCUUCAUGGCCAUUGAGGGUUCAAAUGAGAAGGCACUGCCUGUGAAAGAGAUCUAUGCGUGGAUUGUCCAACACUUUCCAUACUUUAAGACGGCGCCCAAUGGUUGGAAGAAUAGUGUACGUCACAAUCUCUCGCUGAACAAGAGUUUUGUUAAGGUUGAAAAAGCGCCAAAUAUGGGCAAGGGAUCGUUGUGGCGUGUGGAGCCACAGCAGCGCCAGAAUCUCAUCCAGGCUUUGAAUCGAUCGCCUUUCUUUCCCAACUCGGCAGUGGAUAAGAUUAGUCCUUCGCUCAAGAGUCCCAGUGGUGGAUCAACUUAUGAUAGUCUCGAUGGCGGCAGUGGUGCUGUGUCCUCGGUUCAAUCAGUGCCUACGGGAGCUGGAGUUCCAGCUGCUGCCGUUGCUAUGUCCACGCCCACGAAAAGCAAUGGUUUGGUGGUGGCCAAUGGUGCUAGUCAGGCCACAAAUGCAGCCAGACCGCAUAGUCCCAAUGGCGGUGGCAGUGGAAGUCAUGCCCGCUUUGAUCCUAAACUAUUCCCCAAUCUGUCCAGAGCUUUUGGGAAUAUACGCGAAGACUCAGCCGGACAGCAACUUCUGCAAGAUGUUCUCGAUGAUGAUUUGUCCGGGGACUAUCACAACAACAACAACAACAAUAAUAAUAAUAAUGGCAGCAAGUACAACUAUGUGGGUUUGAAUGGAACUGGAGCUAGCAGCGGUAGUGCUGGUGUUGGCUCCACCACAAACGGAGCUUCCGAUGGCAUUAAUUUCGAGCGACUGGCUCGCGAUUGCGGAGCGGACAGUAUGGACGAUGUACAUGCUGCAGCGGCGAUGCUCUUCCUUAAACACGGAUCAAAAGCCUUUAGUGAGCCCUUCCAGAAUGGAAGUGCCCCGGUGAUUACGAGCUCUCCAAGUGAGGAUCAUACUUAUUCGGCGGGCGGUAACAGCAAUGCGGACAGUGGUUCCUCCACUCCGCUGGCCAAUGGCAAUGUCUUGGCCAGCGUGGUGCAGGCUGUGGUUCAAGCUCAAAAUAACCAAGGUGAAGCUGGAUCCGAUAGCAAUGGCGCCAGUUCGGAUGCUGCCUACGAUAGCAGUGAGGAGAAUCACGACAUCACACCCGAGGAAAUGGCCGAUCGGCAGAGACAUAGGGAUGGUGUCGACGCCCUGCUCUCGCUAUCCCGCUCUUCGAUCGUAGAAUGCGGUUCGGUGGCCACCACCCACUAUUACAGUAACGGCAGUGGCAGUGGCAGCAGUCAUGGAUCCCCGCACAAGCGAGCCUCAAGUCACAGUUUAGAAGAGGAGCAUCUGCACCACCAUCUUCAACAGCAGCAACAGCAACAGCAGAAUCAGCAUCCACAUCAGCAGCACCUCCAGCAUCAAUUUGGCAGCAAUCAGGCAGUCUACACCAAUGGCAGUGGCAGUAAAAUGGCCUUAUUGAGCAGUGCAGCUGCCAAUGUGGCACUGGCCCAUCAACAGCAACAACAGCAACAGCAGCAGCAGAUUCAUCAGGAUUUAUACACCUCGUCGGCCGGUCAAAAUACCAGUAUUUAUCUGAGUGGUGUGAACAAUCAUUGCAUGCCCGGUGUAGGCGGUGUGGUUUCGGUCGGUGUGGGAGGUGGGAUGUUACCACAGCAUUUGAGUGCUGCAAUGGUGGCGGCGGCAAGUAAAAAUAAAGUAAAACCAUUGCGAGGAUUACGCACUAAGAUCAAGCGAAAGUCGGCUUGGAUGCGGUGAAUAUGGCGACAGGCUGGCGGCAAAUGGACCUAAUACAGCCAACGAUAAAAGCGCCUACUUACCGCGCCCCCAAUUACUGCCCUAAACUCCCUAGCGCCAUCUCGCCCUACCCCCUGCGACCUGUUGUUGUUGUCUCUUUCUAAAGCAAAAAAAAAAUUGUUAAAAUCACAGAGCAUUUAGACUUAAUUUUUCUAAUCUUAAAUCCAAACUUACAUGCAUAUGUUUUUGCUCUAUAAUUUACAAUUUUUGUUUUUUUGUGUGUUUUUUACCCUUUCCCCGUGUUUGUUAUACAAAUCCUUGACUAUCUUAUUUUUUAUUAUUUUAAAUUUAAGCUUAAUUGUUUUUUUUUUUUUAAAUUUAACUUUAACCUUUUGCCCCGCAAUUGAUUGUUGGCCAUUUAAAUAAUAAUUGAUUAACUAUUAUUAUAUAUAUGAUUUACUAGCCAUCCUAGCUGCAAUUUCUUAUAAUGCCUAGCUGUUAAGUGCAAUUCUGAUUUUUUUUAGCUUUUAAUUUUAAAUUGUGCAAAUAUUUUACAAACCAAACGCAAAGAAAAAAGAAAAGAAAAUAGUUUUAAUGGUAACCAGAUGAAAUGGAAAAGUUUCUGGUUCUUAAAUUUGUUGUUAGCUUUUAGUAAAACAUACAAAAAAUUUAGUUUAUUCGUUUUAACUUGCGAAAUGAGGGACACAAACAAAGAAAACUUUCCAGCGUAUCAGUGACAAGGUUUAUAUCAAAAGAAAGUUAAACAAACAAAAAGUAAACACCAACAAAUUGAGCUAAGAACGAAAACAAAAAAUCAAAGAAAAUGUGAAACAAAAUAACAAACAAACAAAAAAAAAAAAUUGUAAAAAGCGCAAGAGAAAAAAAAGGAAAAAAAGCUAGAAAACAAACGCAACGUUUGUACAAAGAGCAACCAGAAUUAAGAUUAAAAUUCUUUUUUAUUUCGAUUUUGUGCCGCAAGAAAAUGUUUUUCCUACACAUAUAAGAUCUAAAAAAACAAAAAACUACUUAAAUGAUCUAAAAACAAAAUCGAUAUAAGAAAUAUAAAUAUAUAUACAUAUAUAUAUAGAGAUAUAAAAAAGAGAUAUAGAGAAAGUUAAGAUAGGCCAAGCAAGAAACCACCCGCAAGGGAACACACAUUUAGCGCCUUAUAUAUUGAGUCCUUAGCUAAAAACAAAAGAUAGAUCUGUUGAAUUGUUUGAACUGCUUUGUUAUACGAAUACAUGAAUACAUAUAUAUAUAUAUAUAUAUAUGCAAUCUUAGCUAUAUAUAUAUAUAUCUAUAUAUAUUGAAAAUAUAGAUAUUGAUAUAUAUAACUAAGAACCCUCCCUAUUUUAGCCUUCCCACAUACACGACACUCAAGCAACUGUUAAAUCAAAGAUAUUUAGUUGAUAAGCGAGGGCAGUAAAAUAUAAAAUCUUAAUUAUAAGCUUCAUUAGAUGGUUACGUAGUUGAAAUGAUAAACAUUUGUUAACGAGAAUCAAAACUGUAAGCUAGCCGAUUUUAGUUAAAUGAAAACUCCAACAAUUGUAUAUGGAAAAAGCUGUUGAAAUUAGAAUGCUGCACAUAUUUACAUAGGCAUAUUUGUGGAAACCAAGGAAUACUUAACAUUUAAAUAAGAAAAUUGAUGAUUAACUUGACAAAGAGAACGACGCCCUAAGUGUAUACACUUCAUGUACCUUUUUAGCAAAAAGCAAAUACGCAAAAGCAAAGAUCGCAUUAAAAAUUAUAUACAUAAAUAUGUAUUUAAAUUACCAAUUACGAAACUAAACUAAACUAUGUUGAUGUCAAAGAGAAAACCAAUUUGCUAGUUGUUACAAACAAACAAAAAAAAAAAACAAUAUUAAAAAUAUUUUGUUUCCUCAAAAAAAAAAAAAUGAUAAACUUAUGAUUAUGGUUUCUUUUUUUUUUUGUUUUCUAGUUUAAUAACAUAAGAAUAUUGCAUUAAAAAGCAUAUUCGUGGGGAAGGAAUGUGACUAAAAUAUAUAUUAGAAGCGAAAGCAACAAAAUAACUUUAUACCUAGCUUUAACUUAAGAUCCUAAGAACAAAAAUAUACCCUUUUCAUAUGAAAAAAAAAACCUCCCUCGCACGACACAGUGAAAGACAAUCGCCACCUGUGUUGUUGUCGUUGUCGCUUAAGUUUAAACAAAUUCUAUGUAGCUAUAUAAUAUUAAAAUAUAUAUAUAUAUAUAUAAAUUACACACAGCAAUAGCAAAGUACAUAUACGACAAAUAUUGUUAUACAACAACCUUAAGCUUUAGCCAAGAGAAGGUGGAAAGAACUAAACUAUCUUCCCGAUCCCACAACUCCUAUAUCCCCAUAUAUACCCAGAAAAACAACCAAUAAGCUAACCAGUUUUGUUAACGUGUUUUUUCUUCUAUUUUAAUUAUUAUAUCGCAUUAUUAUUAUUAUUAUAAUUAUUAUCUUAUAUAUAUAAAUGAUAUAUAUUAUAUAUAUAUAUAUACAUAUAUAUAAUUGAUUAUAAAACUUUUUUUGCUUACCAAAUACACACCAAUCAAAAUGUGAAAUAUUUUGUUUCCUUUAUAUGCGUUUUAUUUAAUUUAGUUGCAGUAAUAUCUGCUAAUUAUAUCUGAUUAUUAUUCUGUGGGUUUUGUUUAUAGUAAAAAAUUAAUAAAAAUUUUUAAUUUAUAAUUAUUGUUUAACCACAAUGUGUAUAUAGCUUAUAGUUGUACAUAAAUUAAUAUAGAGUUUAUAUAGAGAGAUCGGAUUCUGUUGAACUAUAGUAAGUGCCUGACUUCUCCUUUGAUGAUAAUGAUGAAAUAUGAAAACCCUGGACUAAAAACCAGAGUAGAGCUUGGAUUAAAUAAAGCACUGUUGCCAAUUUUCAUAGAUUUGUUUGUUAAAAUGUUAGCUUAAAGCUAGAGGAACUACUCGAUCCUUAAGACCCGCCUUGCUUUAGCCUCUAAACAAAAUAAAUAAGACACUCACCUAAACACACAAUGUACAGACUACAGGGUAUUCAAAACAUCUCGAUAAAAACAAAAACCGAAGGGAUUUGAGAUACAUAUAUGUAUUUGCCCACAAAAAUCAUAUGUACAUACAUAUUAUAUCUCUAUAAUGAAUAGGAUGAUCAAUCUGUUGUCCCUCCAAGGUUUCAACUAGCGCCUGUUUUUAUGUCUUUAAAAACCUCUGUACCAAAAAAAAAAAAAAAAAGAAAUUAAUUAAAAUAAAUAUAAAAUAUAUAUACAAAAGCAAGUAAAUUAAUUAAGAUAUACUUGUAUAACACUUAAGAAAUACCAAGCAAAUCAAACAUAAAUUAUAUUUAUAUAUAUAUACAUACCAAUGUAUGAAAAGCAAAGACAAAGAACAAAUUUUUAGGAGAAAUAUGUUACCCUGUAUUUUUUUAGACAUAACAUUUUUCUACUUUUUGGACGAUGUGUAAAACUCGAAGACAACAAAUACAAAAAAAAAAACAAAACAAGAAACGAAUGUUAAACUGAUGUAUGUAUGCAUAUGAAAAGGUAAAAUUCUUUUUUAUUUUAUUUUGUUGCUAAUUUAUAGAAAAUCACGGAACAAGACAAACAAACUAAGUGCGAAACAUAUUUGGCACUGAUCUUUGGGCCUGUAUCUUUGUGUAUAAGCGAAUUGUGUAUGACAUACAAUUAAUAAAUUACUCUCCACCCAUCUGUUGGUAUCAAGCAAAA